UGUCCUUCUCGCUUUCGUGUUCGGCCAUAACCAGAGCUCUCGAAGCUACGCCUGCCGUCGCAUCUCGCUCAUCCGUUCGUGCCCCAGCAAAGCUCUGUCGGAGCGAAGAUGAAGGUUGUCGCCGCGUACCUGCUGGCUGUUCUGGGAGGCAACACGUGCCCCUCCGCCGAUGAUUUGAAGGACAUCCUAGGAUCGGUUGGAGCUGAGGCUGAUGACGAUAGGAUAGAGUUGCUCUUGUCCGAAGUCAAGGGAAAGGACAUCACUGAGCUGAUUGCCGCCGGAAGGGAAAAGUUGGCCUCCGUGCCCUCUGGAGGUGGCGGUGGCGGCGUGGCCGUUGCUGCAGCUCCAUCAGGCGGCGCUGCUGGCGGUGCUGCCCCAGCUGCCGAGGCAAAGAAGGAGGAGAAAGUCGAGGAGAAGGAAGAGUCUGACGAUGAUAUGGGCUUCAGUCUCUUUGAUUAAGAAUGCAGAUGGCAAUUUUUGCUUACAAACGUGUGUGUCGUGGAUAUAGGCGCAAGCAUGCGGUCUCUGUAGUCCAUAGUUAGAAGUUCUUGUUUUUCUUUCUUGUUUGCUGCUGGAUUCCCUUGAAAGUUUUGUUUGCCCUAAUGAGAUGUUUUUGGGACAUGGGGUUAAAUUUUUCCCUGCAAUUCGUCCAUUUCGGAUUCCCUCUUGAUUAUAAUGUACUGCUUAUCCAGUUUAGAUUCUUA